GGAAUACAGUAUAAAAGAUUCACUGGUGUGGCAAGUUGUCUCUCAGGCACUACAUGCAUUAAAAAAGUGGUUUGGUGUUACAUGCAAAGAAGAGCAAAGAAAAAAAAAGGGGAAGACUGUAUUGAUUGCAAGAUCAUGCAAAAAUUACAAAUCUAUGUUUAUAUUUACCUGUUUAUGCUGAUUGUAGCUGGUCCUGUGGAUCUCAAUGAGAGCAGCGAGCAAAAAGAGAAUGUGGAAAAAGAUGGACUAUGUAAUGCAUGUACAUGGAGACAAAACACCAAAUCUUCAAGAAUAGAAGCCAUCAAAAUUCAAAUCCUUAGCAAACUUCGGCUAGAAACAGCUCCUAAUAUUAGCAGGGAUGCUAUAAAACAACUUUUACCCAAAGCUCCUCCACUCCGAGAACUGAUUGAUCAGUAUGAUGUCCAGAGAGAUGACAGCAGUGAUGGUUCUUUGGAAGAUGAUGAUUAUCAUGCUACAACUGAAACAAUUAUUACUAUGCCUACGGAGUCUGAUUUUCUAAUGCAAGUGGAAGGAAAACCCAAAUGUUGCUUCUUUAAAUUUAGCUCUAAAAUUCAGUAUAAUAAAGUAGUAAAGGCUCAACUAUGGAUAUAUCUGAGGCCCGUCAAGAAAUCUACAACAGUGUUUGUGCAAAUCCUGAGACUCAUCAAACCCAUGAAAGAUGGUACAAGAUAUACUGGAAUUCGAUCUCUGAAACUUGACAUGAACCCGGGCACUGGUAUUUGGCAGAGUAUUGAUGUGAAGACAGUAUUGCAAAAUUGGCUCAAACAACCUGAAUCCAACUUAGGCAUUGAAAUCAAAGCUUUAGAUGAGAAUGGUCAUGAUCUUGCAGUCACCUUCCCAGGACUAGGUGAAGAUGGACUGAACCCCUUUUUAGAGGUCAGAGUCACAGAUACACCAAAAAGAUCUAGAAGAGAUUUUGGUCUUGAUUGUGAUGAACAUUCAACAGAAUCUCGAUGCUGCCGUUACCCACUAACAGUAGAUUUUGAAGCUUUUGGAUGGGACUGGAUUAUUGCACCCAAAAGAUAUAAGGCUAACUACUGCUCUGGAGAAUGUGAAUUUGUAUUUCUACAAAAAUAUCCUCACACUCAUCUUGUUCAUCAAGCAAAUCCUAGAGGUUCAGCAGGACCUUGCUGUACUCCUACUAAGAUGUCCCCAAUAAAUAUGUUAUAUUUUAAUGGAAAAGAACAAAUAAUAUAUGGAAAAAUUCCAGCCAUGGUAGUAGAUCGUUGUGGGUGCUCAUGAGCUUUGUAUUAGUUUAUUACUUCAUAAAAUAUGGAAGGUUUCCCCUCAACAAUUUUUGAAACUGUGAAAUCAUGUACAAUAGGCUCUGUAAGGCCUAGAGUACACUACAGAUUCACCAAGGCACAAGCAACCAUAUAUGAACUAGAAGAAGAGAAUAUAUGCAAUGGUUGGUAUUUAACCUUCAAAAGAAAAAUUACAAUCAAAAUAGUAUAAUUUCCUUUGUAAAUAGGAAAGAAAUAACAUUUCAUAUGUGAUCAUCUAUCAUCAUAUGCAGGUAAAUAAAAGCAACUCUCCUUGUGUCCCAAUGAAUUAAAGAAGUGAACUUUAAAAUACAAUUCUUCACAGCUUUACUUAAUAUCAAUUAGAAAAUUUUUAUAGAGUAAUGGGAAAAUGUAGAGUUGUUGUAUACCAUCAUUUGAUUUUUCCUCAAACACUUGAAUUACUAGUGUAUGACAGUAUACUUGGUAAGAUGAAAUUCCAUGAAAAUAGAAGAAUACAGAAAUUAAGGAUGGUACACUGUGCAUGUUUCCAUUCCUCUGAUUAGUACAGUAUGUUAAUAAUCCAUAACAAUGGUGCUAAAACAACGGACUGAAUGAAAGAUGUUAUCUGGUUGAAAGUAUCAAGCAAAAUAUAAAGCUGACCCUUUACUCAGGUACCUUCAAAUGGAGUAGGGUUUCUUUAAAGAAAAGACAACAAUUUCUUUCAGUUGUCAGCUUUCAAGUUUGUAAGAUCCCUGGACAGCCUGCAUUCUACUAAAAGGCAACAAGACACUAAACACUUGACAAACUUUUAAGUGCUAUCUAAAGAUCAACUAAUUUUUUUAUAAUUAAUGACAAGUAUAAAUCUUAAUUCAAAAUUCAAAAAUUUAGCCUGCUUUUACAUUACUUCAGUUUGCACUAAAACCAACCAAUGCAAAUCAAUGGUUCUAUCAAUGUUGUAUAAAAAUACUUUGAUACAAUUGCAUUUAUGUAAUAUGUAUACAAGACUUUUGUAAAUAAUGUUUCCUUUUUUAUUUACUGUUGGUAUAUGUUUAUACCAAGAAAACUUCAAAUUAUGUAUUAAGGCACAAAACAUGUCUUCAAUUAUGAAACAUGAUUGCUUGCAGAGCAAAUUUUAUUAGCAAUUAAAUAGUGGACUUGAAAAAAAUCAUAUGCCAAUAGUUAGAUGGUUACAUUACAAUCGUUUUAUAUUUUUUUACAUUACUGGCAUCCUCUUAUGGAGUCACAAUGGCUGUAUAAUGUGAAUAUACAAUUUCAAUGGUUUACUGUCAAUAUAAUAAAACCUUAACGUUCCAUGAUUUUUAAUACUGUACUGAAAAACAUUAUUGACCAUACCAAAAAGCUUUAAUUUCAUUGUCUCUACAGGCAGAAAAAUGAAUUGUUGAUCUUUUCAAUAAAAUAUUGUAAACUUUAUUUUGUAAGUCUAUACUAAAUGUACUUCUUCAUAUACUAUUUUAUAAAUCAAGACUUUUAAAAUUGGCUUAAAUGUAUUUAUUGCAAAAAAAGAAAUUUUUAGCAUCAAAUAUGUAGAAAAUCAGCAUAAAUUGUUAAAAUAUUUUCAUCUUUAUAGUAUGAUGCAAAAAUUCUUAUGUUGCAAUGAUGUAUUCUGGAUUUCUGGUUUUCAACUUAUCAUUCUUUAUUGUUUGAGAUUAUAGUAAAAUAUCAACCUGUUAAUUUUCUUUCUCAUUUCCCCUCUAAAUUAUAUUUUAUAAAAUUCUAAAUAUUUAACAUUAAAAUUUUUAUUCAAAAUUAAAAACACAAAUUACUCAUUUACAAAGAUUGGAAAUUGUAAA